UAUUAGAAGUCAAAUAAACAAAAAACUGCAGCAAAGUCUGAUAUUUCAGUCGUGCAGGAACUGUAGGAACGUUUAAAGCACAUCUGCUUGUCAGGUUCAGCCCUUCAGUGAUGAUUCAGUUGGUUCCUCCUGCUGGAGGUGACACCUCGACCAUUAGAGCAGCUUUUCUCUCUGCACAGAUAAAAAUACAGCCGGUGGGGUGAAUAAGGCUGGAAGGGAAGAAGGACGAAGUCACGAUACAGAAAUGAUGAACGCAAAGAGAGCAUCUGACGUGGAGGGGGUUGUGAGACGCAGGCACAGAACAAGAGAGCGUGCAAAGUGGCGAGCCAGUCAUUUCCCCUCCAGAGUUUCCCCCACGCAGACAGAGCCGUCUCCCUGCCAGCUACGUCACAGCAGAGCGGAGUCGACCCUGAUGCUGAGCAGGAAGAAGAGCUUCAGCCUGCUGGAGCCGGCUGCUGCGUCUCAUCUCUUUAUGGCUUCUUUUCCCUUUCUCUCAGUUUGAGCUGCAAAUUCAAGACCAGAUUCCCAUGGCAUAAUGGCAAAGAGGAUUUCCUCUGCUCCUCAUCAGGAGCUGAGCUGUCACUUCAAGCAGUGCCGGGAUUUACAGGAUUCCACUUCUAACCUGAAGGUCGAGUGGAUAUCAGACUGGAUCGACAACUUUCCAAGUUUCCGGAGCUCUCAGGUCCACAUCAGGGAAGAGUCAGUGUCCAGAUCAUCCUUACAGGAUUUUUCAAAUGCAGGUGUUUGAACAUCUGCACUUGUUGAACAUCAUGACCUAUGAGUCAGAGCAGCUGGGAUCUGCUGACUCACUAAAGGACCAACAAUGCCACGCGUCUUUGCUCUGAAUUCAACUCCGACUGUGACUAGAGGUUUUUUGCUAUGAAGUGAUAGUGAGCAAGUGAAGACACAGGAUCCAGUUCAUGUCUUAUGAGCUGCAGUUUAAAAGUUCUUAGACAAACAUAGAAGCUGCUAAGCUUUUUCAAAUCGAGGACAACUUUGAUAUCCUCUUCAGUCUGCUGUCUCCUUCAGAGCUGAGACAGAACACAUGGACUUCCAGGAAGCUAAAAUCCUCUUCACGUUUGGACCGGAGCUGCUCCUACCAUGGGAUAACUGCUGAGGUGGUUACAGCGUCUCUGAAAAAAUGGUGGUGACCCGUCUGGAGCUGGAGCUUCGCUACCAGGGCCAGAAGCUGCGUGGCGUGACCUGGAAGUUGACGCGGUCGCAGCACGGCUUCCUGCCUGAGAGCUCCUGGCUCAUAGCAGCGCAGGUCGUGGUGCCGUUCCUGAUAUCGGGGCUUGGAAUGGUCUCCGCUGGAAUCGUGAUGGACCUCAUGAAACACUGGCAGGUGUUCAAAGUGAUCACAGAAGUUUUCAUCCUGGUUCCUGCUCUGGUUGGACUCAAAGGAAACCUGGAGAUGACCCUGGCAGCUCGCCUCUCCACUGCAGCGAACACCGGUCAGAUGGACGACCCGGAGAAGCAGUGGACGAUGGUGUGCAGCAACCUGGCUCUCAUUCAGAUUCAGGCCACAGUGGUGGGGUUCCUGGCAGCCGUGGCAGCGAUCUGCUUAGGAGCAGUUUCCAGAGGGGGUGUGGAACUGGAUCAGGCAGCGGUGCUGUGUGCCAGCAGCAUCACCACUGCCUUUGUAGCUGCUCUGUCUUUAGGCCUGGUGAUGAUUGGGGUGAUCAUCGGCUCCAGAAAGGUGGGGAUCAACCCCGACAACGUGGCCACGCCCAUCGCUGCCAGUCUGGGAGAUUUGAUCACGCUGUCCCUGCUGGCUGGGGUCAGCAGCACGCUCUACCAGUACAGAGACGUGUGGUACCUGUCCCCCCUGGUGUGCCUGCUCUUCUUGGCCCUCAUUCCUCCGUGGGUGGCCGUGGCCCGUCGGAGUCCUCAGAUCUCCGAGGUGCUCCGCUCGGGGUGGCAGCCCGUCAUCGUAGCCAUGUCCAUCAGCAGUUUUGGUGGACUCAUUCUGGACAAGACUGUGAGUGAUCCAAACUUUAAAGGAAUGGCCGUCUUCACUCCUGUUAUUAACGGAGUGGGCGGUAACUUGGUUGCCAUCCAGGCCAGCAGGAUUUCAACGUACCUGCAUUUCUGGAGCAUCCCGGGGGUGCUGCCCUACAAGAUGAGGCAGAACUGGCCCAACCCCUGCACCACCUUCUUCUCCUCAGGCGUGAACUCCAAGUCAGCGCAGGUGCUGCUGAUGCUGGUCGUUCCGGGUCACCUGGUCUUCCUCUACGCCAUCUCCCUGCUGCAGGGCGAGGAGGCGCCCACCUCUGCAGCCUUCAUCCUCUGCUACCUGUGUGCUGCUCUUCUGCAGGUGGCCAUCCUCCUCUACGUCGCCGACCUCAUCGUCCGCCUGAUGUGGAGGAGAAGUCUGGAUCCCGACAACUUUUCCAUCCCGUACCUGACGGCGCUGGGCGACUUGCUCGGCACCGGCUUCCUGGCCCUCUGCUUCCGCUCUGUCUCAGUGGUUCAAGGUCUAGGUUUCUGAGCUCCUCCCAUCCGGACCUCCUCUGACUGCAUCUACUGGACAAAGGGAGCUCCUCAUUCUGUCAUUUCCACUUCACUACAGAGGAAACACUUUCACCGUCAUCAGCCAUCCUUCUAACGUUUUAAUCAUUCCUCUGUUUAACGUCGUCUUGUUGCUCAGACUCGGGCAGAUCAAGUCUUGUCCCUGGUUGACCUCCUAAGGGUUAAGGUCAGAGUUCUCUCGUCUGGUCGGCCUCAGAGUUCAGGUGAGCUUCACACAAACAAACCAGACCGCCUGCUGAAACAAACUGGUGCGGACCAAACAGCUCAGUGUGAAGCAGCAGAACUUCCUGUUGUGACAGGAAGUAGCUGCACAAAUGAAGGAAACAGAAACGUUUGGAGGAGGUCAUCAAAAAAUCAACUGAGAUACAAACGUGGUUAAAAAUACUGCCGGGGGAGGGGCUCCAUGCUGCACCUGCCCCAUGAAGACCCCAACGGCCCUUCUGAAAUGGAGUUUUACCAGUAACAAAUAAAGAAUCCAUUUCAAGAUGUUAAACACCCCCCUCCUUAAAUAAAAAUGUUAAACUCGCUGCUCCAUGCUGGAGAAAUUUCCAGACCUUCUGCACACAGAAGUUGUUUUUGCUCAUUUGUCUCCUCUGUGACUGAAAUCACAAAACAGGAAGUGGGUCAGGAGGAGUAGAACUGCAGGAUUGAAUCAUUUCAACCUUCAUUUUUACUGUUUUUGUGUUGAUUGGCUGAUCAGAUUGAUGGUUUAGUAGAUCUUAAGCGUGUGCCGUCUCUACUGUCUAAUUAUUCAGCUGCUAACCAUGAAUAUGUUAUUUUUAAUCUCAAUGUUUGGUCAGAAUCCAACCGUGGCGAUCGUUCUCCUGUUCUGAGCCUUCAGAUGACUUAACAUGACUUAAGAUGACAUCUGCAGAAAAAAAGAAAGAACUGAAUAAAAGCAAGUAUAAAUGCAGAAAAACAGAAA